AUGCCUUGUCUUCUAAAGUCUUCCCUUGUUACUUUGGCUGCUGCUGCUGCAAUUGCCUCAAUGUUCGUGGUUCAAAUUGUGCAGGCGACCCCUAUUAAGGACAUGAGCAUGGACAUCAAGAGAUGUUACCCUGAUUACCCUGAUGACGGCAAUUGUGUAAGCGGCGACGCGACGCAUGUGCCUGUCCCGCCGAUCAAAGUGGCUGCCAUAACAGAUUUUUUGCCCAUCAACAAUGUCCAGCCAGUUGUGAACGUGCUGCCGACGGAUGUGAACGAUUAUUCUGAUUACUAUGAUCCUUGCUACUGUGGCGGCCAAUAUGACCCUUAUGACUAUUCGUACAACAGCAAUAGCUACUAUGAUCCUUAUGACUCUUAUGACUCUUAUGGUCCCUAUGAUCCUUACAGUCCUUACGGUUCUUACGGUCCUUACGAUAAUGAUUUGGGUCCUGGUGGAUAUUAA